AAGGUCCACUCACUCUCCAGAUGUGCUUUUAGCAUUAACACGUUUAUUUCACGUCAGAUUCGCUUUCUCAUUCGAAAUCUGUACACAUUUUGAACGGAAGCACUUUCAUAUUGUGCCAGUAUGGGUCAUCUCCGCUUUUGGAUGAGGAUUUUGCCUUUUGGUUUUUGAUUUGGGACUUUAACCAUGGAUUUAAGUACAGAAGAGCAGAUAUGUAGAGCUACAGACUGAUGGUAACGAUUCAUGAGGAAGCACGGGAAGAAACCUACAAACAAAUCUUACACGUGAAGGAAGAAUUACAUUCUUGGAAAGAAGCUCCUGUAUUUUUAUUGCUGAUAACUUUACGCAUUCGUAGUGGACACGGCUGUGGCUUAUUUCAGGUUAAAUUGACAAAAGACAGUCCGAUUGUACAUUCGCGACCAUGUCGGCGGUGAUGAUAUCACGGAAGGUUACUCGAAAAUGGGAGAAAUUACCUGGGAAAAACACCUUCUGCUGCGAUGGACGGGUAAUGAUGGCUCGCCAGAAAGGAGUAUUUUACCUGACCUUAUUUCUCAUCAUUGGAACCUGCUCUCUGUUCUUCGCCUUUGAGUGCCCGUACCUGGCAGUGCACCUGUCUCCGGCCAUCCCUGUGUUUGCAGUGUUGCUCUUCGUCUUUGUAAUGGCCAUGCUGCUCCGAACCAGCUUCAGUGAUCCAGGGGUGCUGCCACGGGCAUUGCCGGAGGAGGCCAACUUCAUUGAGAUGGAGAUCGAAGCGGCCAAUGGGAACGUCUUGGCUGGACAGCGGCCUCCGCCUCGCAUCAAGAAUGUGCAAAUUAACAACCAGAUCGUCAAGCUGAAGUACUGCUACACCUGCAAGAUCUUCAGACCCCCUCGUGCUUCCCACUGCAGCAUCUGUGACAACUGUGUGGACCGGUUUGACCAUCAUUGUCCCUGGGUCGGAAACUGCGUAGGAAAGAGGAAUUACCGAUAUUUCUACCUGUUUACACUCUCGCUGUCUCUACUCACCAUCUAUAUCUUCGCCUUCGACAUCGUUCAUGUGGUUCUACGAUCUGUGGACUCAGGAUUUGUGAAUACCAUUAAAGAAACUCCUGGAACUGUGUUGGAGGUUCUGGUGUGUUUUUUCACCCUCUGGUCUGUGGUGGGAUUGACUGGCUUCCAUACCUACUUGAUCUCCCUCAACCAGACCACCAAUGAAGAUAUCAAAGGUUCGUGGUCGGGAAAGAACCGUGUGCAGAACCCCUACAGUCACAAGAACAUCUUUAAGAACUGCUGUGAGGUUCUGUGUGGCCCUGCUUACCCCAGUGUGUUGGACAGAAGAGGUGAGAUGCUGGAAGACUCGUCUAGCCCCGCCCCUUCUGAUGCGUCUCCUGCUUCUACCAAUAAGAGCAGCAACCCUGUUUCACAAACCACAAAAUCCUCAGCUCCCCUGAUUCCCAAUGAGCACACCCCUGAUGAAGCCAAACCUGGCAUUGGUUCAGGCACCCAGAAGAGCGCCACCUCCCCUAAAGAUGAGAAACCCCCCUCGCCAACUUCCCCCAAUGCCGUCGCCCCUGGGGUCAUCAAAGAGUCGACCCACUAGCUUAGGCUGCGUUCUCUAGACUUCUCUCAAACUUCUGAAUGUGCUCACAUGAAGGAACACACACAGAAAAACUGUUUUGACUCUGACUUUCAAAACAGUGGCCUAUGUUCUCUGAUACUCUUUCGCAGAGCGAGUUAUCCUGCCUGGAUCCUGCGCUAGCACUCGAGACUAGAUCUGGAGGUCUUGAGACUCUCCUGUCUGAAUCACAGCAUGAUGAAGCUCACAUUGAGGGAAAUGGGGAGCCAUAGACUGAAUCAGAUUAGAAUAGGCUACCCUUAAACGUAAUGAGGACAUUAUUUCCCUUGAAAGAGCUUGUGAAAUGUUCAGUUGUUUUUUUCAGUGUCAUUACCCGUUUCUGUAUAGCCUGCCUCCAUUAUUCCUAACCAUUUGUGUGCCAUGUAAAACCCAUAACUUGCUUCUAUAGUAGUUUGUGAAAAAUGCCCUUUGGAUUAGACUUUCUUUUUUCAAAGUGUGAUAAGGAAAAGUGCUUUAGUCAUAAACUGACAUUAGGCCCAACAAAACCGCUUUAUUCUGUUGAUGGGGUCAUUUGGAUCAGCUUAGUAAGUCGGUCAGUUAUAAAUGUGAUUUAACUCAGAAAGUUAAGCUCAGACUUGAUUUUACAAUCAGCAUGGAUGGUAGAAAGCAAAGGCCGUCAGAUGUAUGUGCCAGUGAGUACAGGCCGAUUUGCAUCAGUAAGAGUGCCUUAUCUAUGCUCUACCAUUACAUCUACAGAAGACUCCAUAAUGCCCCAUACUACUCAUACCUGUACAUGCAAGUCAAUGUCAUUUUUAUACAAUGCUAAUGAUCUGUCAGAACGCAAAAAAAGCCAUGGAGUUAAUGUACAUAUUGUAAAAGUAACUGAGAAGCUGCAAAUUCCCUAUAAGAAGUGGAAGACAUGCCUGAUUUGUUAUUACGAUUAUUUUGAUCUUUAAGUUAAUAUGUUCCCUCCAUAUUGUCUUAUUUAGGGAGGUCUUUCCACAACCGCCUGGCAUUUGAGCACCAUUUCCCCACUUUCCUUUUCUCUAUGAGUUGGAUAUUUCAACACAAGGCCAAGUGGCGUGUUUGUACACAGAAUAAAUUAAAGAUAAGGUUUACAUCUGAAAAUGAACCUUCCUGAGUCUAGGCAUGGAAACGGCUAGUUGACCAAUCCAUCUUUGGUGUCAUUUAAGCAUGCUCUUGCAUUCAGUUGAGAAAUAUCUUUAAAUUGUGCUUGUUUUUCUUUUCCCACACAUUCUUUUAACCAUGUUUAAGGUAGCAAAACUUGCCCCAGUGUAGAAGCGAAUGUGCAAUGUAGUCACCGUUACUAAUUUCACUGUGGUAUGUUAAUGGCCACUUGUAAGGGACACAUCUACAGACUUCAGGGACCGAUAAUAUAUUUUUAACAUGCGUUUCUCAUCAUAUCCAGCUACACAGGGCAGUAUUGUUAAGAAGUGAAUUAAGGAUUUGGAAAAGCCAGCUUAAAAUGGUUACCCAUUCAGUGCCAUCUUAAAGCAUUUGGAAGUGUAUGAACUGGAAUGUUUGUGAGAUGCAUUCAUCAUUUGUUUGUUAGUAACUCUACUGGUGUUGAAAAAUGUGUUGAGGGUAAAAGUCUGUUAUUGCAGGAAAUAUAGUCCUACAUAACUAACAGAAUGUGCUUCAGAUGUUUAAUUUAUAGCAAUGGUGUGAACAAUUGUGAUGAUUGUUUACACUGCUACUGUGUAUGGAAGAUGUGAAUAUUAAUUUGCUAGGCUGAAGGUAUUACUGAGUAUAUGGAAAUGUGCUUAAAGUUGCGCUGAAUCAAUCCCACUAAUUUUUUUUUAUCAUGAAUUUUGUGUCAUAUGCUAAUUUACUAAAUGAGGCACAUAAAUAAUCAAAAAUCUUUAAUGCAAAGUCAGUGUAAUGUGUAAGUUUGGAAUAUUAGCAAAUGAUGGUCUGCUCUAGAUAUGUGGAUGCGAUGCAUAAUGUACACAUUGUACGUCAUCACGAAUUGGGUUAUGUUCAGUUUGCUUGGUAAUAACACUGUGAUCAUGUAUAUGCUCAUACUCUCCACUUUCUACUUUAUGAAUUUGUGUGUAAAUGUAUGUUCAUUAAAUUAUAUGGUAUUAUUACAA